AUGACUAUUGCUGGUCCGGCAGCUCAGUUUAAAGCAUACCCGGCCUGCCCCGUCUGCCGAUCAGAAUCUACAACAAGCAACCCUCAACGACGUCUUGGCAUUGCACCUCUUGGACAGAUUUAUUUUGGCGGGCAAAAGUUUGGUGCCGUGUGCCCUCGAAAUGGCAUUCCUCAUCUAACACCCCACUGCGAGCAAUGGAUACGUGAAAGGACAGGACAGGAGCCCGGAUUCCGUGAUCUUUACUCUGGAGACUCACCCCGUUCGCAUUUCUCGGAGUCUGACAUUAUUCCGACAUUUGUUUCUGCCAGAGCCCAAAUGAAACAGCCUGGGCUUCCCGAACGAUGGAUUCUGAACAGCCUUGCCACCGACUUUAUCAAGUCAGACUUCAGUCUUGUCUUUCCACUGAUGAAUCCAGUUCUUUUUGAAGAAACUGUUCGAUUAGCUUACAGCCAAGAUGAAGCGGAACACCCCCUUGAACGGAUAACCGCGAAAGCUUGUGUCUUGGCCUUUGCGUCUCUUGCGUGCGGCCAUUUCCCAACUUCAACCGGAGCCUCACAGGUUGACAGUGAUGCCUGUGCCAGGGAUGCACAAAUACUUCUAGGUGAUAUUAUAGAGGACGCAAGCAUAACCACAUUGCAAACUAUUCUUAUGUUGUUAUUGUAUGAGACGCUAUGCGGUCGCUUACAGGCGUCUUCUAUGUACCAUGCGCUUGCCUGUCGAACUGUCUUUGCACUCGGGGGCCAUACAGUCGUCGAGCCGACACCGAAGGACCGAGAUCUCACGGUUGAGGAGCACGAGGAUCGCCACCUCCGCAUGCUCUUUUGGCUAUGCUACGUCCUGGAUAAAGACAUCUCACUGCGGACUGGGCAGCCACCAGUCAUCGCUGAUCAAUUUUGUGAUCUGACGCUCCCAGAGGGAUAUGAACGCACGCGCUUUCUACCCCGACAGCCCGGACAACUUCAGACCCCUUGGUUGCCCGGCGACCUGAGGUUAAGCCUUCUCAAGUCAAAAGCCGUGCAGUCUCUCUAUUCCAAUGCCUCGCUGCGGAAUUCAGACGCCGAGCUGCUGAAAACAAUUCGGGAGUUAGAUGAGGAACUGGAAACGUGGCGCACGUCCAUCCCAGAAGGCUUUUCUCCCAACCUCUCUGUCAGAAAAGACUCCAGGCUCGACGUAGUAACAAACCUUUCGAAAAACAUGCUUUUAAUCGAGUUGCAUCUGGACUAUCACUUCUUACUGAAUACAAUCCACUGUGCGAGUGGCCGAUGCAUUACGGCAGAAAGCGGUGGUCCACAGCAGUUUUUGUUUGGUGUGCAGUCCAGCUUUGAUCUUUCUGUCGAGGCGAGUAGAUCAACUAUAGUCUACUUGAGUGUCUCAGCGAAUAGACUUGCGGGGGAAGCGUUCUGGUUUUUUAUAUUUUACCCAUUGUCGGCAUUGAUGAACCUAUUCUUCAACAUUCUCCAAAAUCCUGGCCACAGGCUUGCUGUUCACGACAUGGAGCUCCUUGGCAAGACGUCCCAGAUCAUUCGGAGCAUGCCAAUUCGCAGAGUCACUUCACAUGAAACAGAAUACUUGAUGAGAAUGGACAAGCUUGUUGCCGAGCUGAGUAGGCUCAGCAAGUGUGCAAUUGAGAAGCACCAAGCAAUGGCGUCAAUGUACCAAAGCAAUAACAACUCCUCGAUGCACGAUUUGAUGUGA